AUGGCAUCAGCGCUGCUUGUGACGCUGGUGGCCGCAGUGGCCAUGCUGGGCUGGGGGGUGCAGGCGCAGUGCCCCACGGCCGCCGACCUGCGCCCCGCCAACGGCACCCGGGUGUGCGCCCAGCUCUACACCGACGACAGCCCCUACUACGACCAGUGCUGCGCCGGGGACGUGCUGGUGGUGCCGCCGGACAGCGACGUGCCCUACAUGCCCCGCGGGUGGCCCGGCCGCACCUCCUCCCUCGUGGUGGGCACCAAGUGUGAGCUCACCGUGUGGUCCAAGUCGGGCAAGAGGGGCAACUCGCGGAACUUCAAAGCCGGCGCGGUGCCGCGGCUGGAGGAGGUGCGCCGGGGGCUCUUCAGAAACUGGAACAACGCCAUCAAGGCCUACUACUGCAUCUGCAAGUGAGCGGCGGUGCGGGGCAGGGCACGGGG